UCCGGCGGCGCGCGGGCCUCUGGGAAGGUGAAGCGGUUAAGGUCGGUUCCGCCGCCGGUUCGUCCGAUUCUCUUUAGUGUUUGCCGUGUGUCGGCAGCGGGGAAGCGGCUCAGUCUCCUGCCUCGGCAGCGAAUGGAUUGAUUCGUUUCUUCAGAAAUCCGGCUUCACGUUCGCCUUCUGAAGAAAGGAGAUAGAUCCUGCUCCUGCAUAUUUCUGAUCUUAACCAAUACCUCUGAAAUCUUCCUAUAAGUCUAAUCUUCUUAAAAGUUAAUGAAUUGGAAGUGCGAAAUGUCUCAGAUUCAGAUUCAUAACUCACCUUCCAGUCUAUCACAGCCUCUUAUGGGCAGCACUGUUGGCCAGAGUAUUCCUUCUGGCCUUGGUCCUCUGGCAUCAGAAAGUGCAAGUAGACCCAUUCAAAGCUCGGCUUUACCCUCUGUGUCUGCCACUUCCACCACCGCAGCUGCAGUUCCUUCAAACAUGGCAAACCCCAAAGAGAAAACCCCUAUGUGUCUUGUGAAUGAGUUAGCCCGUUUCAACAAGAUUCAACCAGAGUACAAACUUUUAAAUGAACUUGGUCCAGCUCAUGCUAAGGUUUUUACAGUGCAGCUGACUCUUGGUGACCAGCAAUGGGAAGCUGAAGGAAGCAGCAUUAAAAAGGCUCAGCAUGCAGCAGCCGCAAAGGCCUUGGUGGAAACCAGUCUCCCAAAACCACCACCUCGACCCCCACGUAAUGAUUCAAAAAAUCCUGACAGUGUUACUCCAACAGUAGAGCUGAAUGCCUUGUGUAUGAAAAUGGGAAAGAAACCGACCUACAGACCAAUUGAUCCUUAUCCUGGGUUAAGACCAAGCUACAACAUACUGAGAAGUAAUGCUUACCCUCAAAGAUACUUUUACCCUUUCCCUCCUGUUGGACCAGUCACUUACCAAGUUGAACUAGUAAUUGGAAACCAACAGUUCCAAGGAAAAGGAAGAUCCAGGCAGGCUGCUAAACACGAUGCAGCUGCCAAAGCACUCAAAGCUUUGCAAAAUGAAACCCUGCCAUCCAAGUUACCAACUAUUAAUGGCAAAGAAACAGAUGAUGAUGAUCUCAAUAAAUCUGAAAUAAGCCAAGUUUUUGAGAUUGCACUAAAAAGAAAUAUGCCUGUCAACUUUGAAGUAAUAAAGGAAAGUGGUCCUCCUCACAUGAAAAGUUUCGUGACUAAAGUAAUGGUUGGAGAAUUUUCAGCAGAAGGAGAAGGGAAGAGUAAGAAAAUAUCCAAGAAAGCUGCUGCGAUAGCUGUUUUGGAGGAAUUGAAGAAACUUCCGCAGCUCCCCACUGUAGAAAAAGUGAAACCACGCAUAAAAAAGAAAACUAAAUCAAUAGUAAAGCUACAGACAAGUCCAGAGUAUGGGCAAGGAAUGAAUCCAAUCAGCCGUCUAGCUCAAAUUCAGCAAGCAAAAAAAGAAAAGGAGCCUGAAUAUACAUUAAUGGUAGAACGAGGCCUUCCUCGCCUCAGAGAGUUUGUUAUGCGGGUAAAAGUUGGUGGUCAAGUAGCAGAAGGAAUGGGCCCAAAUAAGAAAGUUGCUAAACGAAAUGCAGCUGAGAAAAUGCUGGAGCUUUUAGGUUUUAAAGUUCCUCAGCCUCAGCCACCUAAACCAGCUUUGAAAACUGAUGAAAAGCCAACAUUGAAAGAACCUGUUAAAGGACGGAAAGUAACCUUUUUUGAACCCAAUUCCUCUAUAGAAGAUACUGCAGCAGGUAAAGAUGGGAGUAUGCGCCUGGAAGAUGAGUUUCGAAUGCCUUAUCCCAGCCACCAGCAACUGCCUGCUGGAAUCCUACCCAUGGUUCCUGAAGUAGCACAGGCUGUUGGAGUCAAUCAAGGGCAUCAUACCAAAGAUUUCAACAGGCCUGCAGCAAAUCCGGCAAUGGCUACAGUUACUGCAAUGAUUGCAAGAGAACUCCUGUAUGGUGGAACAUCCUUAACUGCUGAAACUAUAUUGAAAAAUAACCCUGCAGCCCGCAAGCCACUAAGUACCCUAACCAGACCUUCAGAACAAUUGGACUUUCUAGCUAGUGUUCAAGCAUUGCAGGUCGAAUAUAAAGACUUUCCAAAAAACAACAAAAACGAGUAUGUGUCAUUGAUAAACUGUUCAUCCCAACCUCCUCUGAUCAGUCAUGGAAUUGGAAAAGAUGUCGAGUCCUGUCAUGAUAUGGCUGCUCUUAAUAUCUUAAAAUUGUUGUCUGAGCUGGACCAACAAAAUGUAGAAAUAUCAAGAACAGGAAAUGGACCAAUUGCUGUAUGCGUGAAACAAGAAAUUGAUGGAGACACUCUCAUCAAACCGGCUAACUCAAACACUUUAGGACAAACACUGGAUGUCACUGACUGAAAGCCUUUUGUUUUGACCCAAAGCUCCAAGCACCAGUGAAAAUCGGAUGCUUCCUGUCCUGUGACAUUGUAACUUCCGGUUUAGACAACUACAGUUUGAAUCUUGCUGUAGUAUCUAAAUCAUUAAGUUGCUUAACUUUUUAAAAGUAUACACUUCAACAUUAAUUCAAAUUUUUUUGGAUGAAGGAAAUUUACUCUUAAUUUUUCAUCGGAACUUUGAAUUUCUGUUGAUGCUUCUCCAAACGUACAUUACAUGAUGAUUGAAAGGUUGCUUAACAAAAUCCGGGUCAUAUCCAACUUAUGUAGUUUAUUAUUUGGUACGUGUUUAAAUUGGCCAUUAGUAACAAACUGUUUUGGUGUAACAAAACUUGGUGCUAGUUUUAAAAAUAAAGUGGAGUGCCUCCAUUUUCUUUGUUAUCCAAAAGAGAGAAAUUGAAACUCUAAAUUAACUGAGUAGAUUAUGAGGACUGUUUCUUGUUAUUUUUUUUCAUCCAGUGGAAGAUGAUAUCAAGUUAAGUGUUCAGUCUUCUAGAUUAAGUUGUUUUUUUUUCUUAAUCUAAAAGAUUUUUUUUUACUUUGGUAACUCUGAAGGAAUUUUUGUUUUUAUAUUAAACUUUGACAAAAAUGAUUUUCGAUAGUGCAAAGGAAUUACAUUGUUGGAUAUGAUCUUUUACCUGGCUUAUACCAGAAAAUGCAGAUUACUGUACAUCUUGGCGCAGGGUAAAUUGUAAGAUGUUGUGUUGUACUUUAAUGCUUUGAUGUUCCAUGUGAUGUACACAAAGUGUGUACAGUAAACAUUUUGCUUAUUGUCCAAGUAAAGCACGAAACUACGUCAAAACUGUUACUUUACUUUUGGACUUAUUUCCCUCCCCAUGUACUGUACCUAUGGAAUGGAGAAGUAAAAAUUGGUGUUUGUGCAAAAGUACUGGUGGCUUUUAUUGGCAUAACACAUUUUACUAAUGUGAAGCUGAGUUAAAGGAGAUUACAACAGUCUUUUUUUCUUUUGUUUUCCAACAAGUUUUAAACAUUUGAAGGUUUUCUUUUCCCCUUUUCCCAUCACAUGUUUUUGGAAUCCUCUUUCUAAAAUAAGCUAUUACAAUAGUUAUUUCUGUAUCAUAAUCCCCUUGAUUGCAAGUGUAGAAGGAAAAUUGUUAGUAUUCAAAGUUGCUGGAAAAUACUGUGAAAUAUCCCAGUUAUUAACAAUUCUUUUGGUUACAAUAAAUAUUUGACUCCUUUAAA